AUGGAUAUCAUCCUUUCCCUGUCCCACUUCUGCGAAAAUGACGGCCCGACUUCCAUCCUUUGCACCCAGAUCAAGCCGGUCGAAUGUCUGUCUUGCUAUCCGGCAUCCAUAUCGUCGAGCGUGGGGGACCUGGACGCAACUCAUAGCGGUCCAGCACCGUCAGCUCCUGCAUUCCUGUCUUCUUCGAACAGAAGCUCUCUCGACUUCGGCGGGACUCCGGAGUCAGCCCCCAACAGCGCAAGCACUUCUCCGGAGAUCCAACCAGCUACCCUCGGAGCUCACAGGCAGAACGCUCCAAGGCCUCUGAAUCCACUCAGCCGCUUCCCGGUCGCCGGUAGCAAUGGCAAAGGAUGUGAGAGCUGCACCAUAAGCCUCCCGGAAGAAAUAUCCAGCAAAAUACCUCCAGGAGCCCCGGGAAGUCCAAAGGCCGAUGGCAGUGGCCGAAAUGGCAGUCCGAUCCUGCGUUUCAAAGAGUCGCUCCAAAUAUACCGGGACCAACAAACCGACUCCGACUCCGACGAAGAUCGUGAAGGACCUAUACGCUUGAACCAGCAAUCCUCACCCGAGUCCUUCGCCUCCGAUACUUCGGCAUCUUUCUAUCACAAACACACCCUGUCCUACAUUUCCACCUCGAGCCCUACCGAUCCGAAUACCUACUCCAUCAUCCGCCGAGCCGCCAUCCGCACUCUGUCUGGCGAACAGCUCCCUCGCGGUCAAACGGCCGGUGAACUGUUCUUCGGUACCCCACUAGACGGCUGGACUAUAGCGUACAAAUUCCGCCUUUCGGACCCUUAUGCUCGCGGCGGUCAUCGUAAGUACGCGCUCAUAGCACUCGCCAGCAGCGAGACCAGAGCGUAUCAGGUUACGACGUUCAUCUGGGAGCAUUUUCGACGCAUUGCAGAGAAUAUCAUUACGAGGACGACGCAGAAAAUCAAAGAAAAUGAAGGAGACCGAGGUGAUCAUGAAGACAUAACGAAGGAGCAUCGCAUUCCUGUGUCGUCAUUCCUGACUGGGAGAACGAUAGAUCCGGAUGGCUAUCCGAGACAGUAUGGGGCCGCUAGGAUGAGAGCGAGGGGCUUGACGGAGAUGGUGGGAGAUGACAAGUUCUUUGCGGAGCUGCAUCUGGAAUUUGUAGGAAUGUUGAGAGAGUUGAUGGGUGGGUAUGGUGGAUGA